AUGGUAUCUAUCAAAGCCCUCCUCUUAUGGCCCUCGACCGUAUUAGCCCUUACAACCGUCACCCAAGUGAAGAACGACAUCACAACCCUCGACAACAAUGUCCGAGCUCUCACUUCUCAAACCGCUCUUUACAACGGUGGCCUUCUUUCCGCCGCUCCCCUUCUCGGCUCUCUCACAGCCGUCUACCUUUCUCUUUUACAAGGUGUCACAGACUCCGCUCUCCUACCCCCUUCAAUGACAGAAUCAGACGCACAAUCACUCAUUGAACAUGUGAACGUUACUCUCACAAUCGACAACCCUAUUGCUGUAAAUACCCUCAAGGGGAAAAAGCAAUUGUUCAAAGAGCAAGGGUUGGAUGGUGCUAUCGUGGCUGGUCUUGGCUUGUUGUUGGCGGGGCAUGAGGCCUUUACAAAUAAUGUGCUACAAAGACUUCCAGAAGAUCAGAGUGCGGAUGGACAGAAGGUUACGCAGAUUAUCACUGUAGCGUUGACGGAUGGGAUUCAUUAUUUUGAGAGUCCAUGA